CUGAGUUUGCGGACAGAUCCUGCCGCACUCGGGAGGACGCGAGUCAGACCCCAGAUAGAGCGGAGGCGACCUGGGAGAGGAGGCACGGCUGUGCUCUCGCCCAUCUCUGCGGGAUCCGGCGCGCAGAAAAGUUUGCAUUUGCCCUGUGCCACCCCUAGAGAGCUGUCUAAGCUAGACGCACCCUGUGCAUGCAGACCCAACAGUCUUGGCAUCUGACGUGCUGUGUGUAGCUGCUGCUUGUGUUGAAUCCCUAGCCCUUCUCUGGGGCACAAGGUGACAGGAUGUCCCAGUGGUACGAGCUUCAGCAGCUUGAGUCCAAAUACCUGGAGCAGGUUCACCAGCUCUAUGAUGACAGUUUUCCCAUGGAAAUCAGACAAUAUCUGGCACAGUGGCUAGAAAAGCAAGACUGGGAGCAUGCUGCCAACGAUGUUUCAUUUGCCACCAUCCGUUUUCAUGACCUACUAUCGCAGUUGGAUGAUCAAUACAGUCGCUUUUCUUUGGAGAAUAAUUUUUUAUUGCAACAUAACAUAAGGAAAAGCAAGCGUAACCUUCAGGAUAAUUUUCAGGAAGACCCAAUACUGAUGUCUAUGAUCAUCUGUAACUGUCUGAAGGAGGAAAGAAAGAUCUUGGAUCAUGCCCAGAGAAUCAGCCAGGCGCAGUCCGGGAAUAUUCAGACCACUGUAAUGUUAGACAAACAGAAGGAGCUUGACAGCAAAGUCAGAAAUGUGAAAGACAAAGUUAUGAGUAUUGAACAUGAAAUCAAGACCCUAGAAGAUUUGCAAGAUGAAUAUGACUUUAAAUGUAAAACCUUGCAGAACAGAGAACAUGAAACCAAUGGCGUGGCAAAGAAUGAUCAGAAACAAGAGCAGUUGUUACUCCAGAAGAUGUACUUAAUGCUGGACAAUAAGAGAAAGGAAGUCGUUCUUAAAAUAAUAGAGUUGUUGAAUGCCACCGAACUUACCCAGAAAGCCCUGAUUAAUGAUGAACUGGUGGAGUGGAAGCGGAGACAACAGAGUGCCUGUAUUGGGGGGCCCCCCAAUGCUUGCCUGGAUCAGCUGCAAAAUUGGUUCACUAUAGUGGCGGAGAGUCUGCAGCAGGUUCGUCAGCAGCUUAAAAAGCUUGAAGAGUUGGAACAGAAAUAUACCUAUGAACAUGACCCCAUCACCAAAAAUAAGCAAGCCUUAUGGGACCGCACCUUCAACCUCUUCCAGCAGCUCAUUCAGAGCUCAUUUGUGGUGGAAAGACAGCCCUGCAUGCCAACUCACCCUCAGAGGCCAUUGGUCUUGAAGACUGGAGUCCAAUUCACUGUGAAACUGAGGCUGCUGGUGAAGUUGCAAGAGCUGAAUUAUAACUUGAAAGUCAAAGUCUUAUUUGACAAAGAUGUGAAUGAGAGAAAUACAGUAAAAGGGUUUAGGAAGUUCAACAUUCUGGGCACUCACACGAAGGUGAUGAACAUGGAAGAGUCCACCAAUGGGAGUCUGGCGGCAGAAUUCCGACACCUGCAACUGAAAGAACAAAAAAAUGCCGGUGCCAGAACUAAUGAGGGUCCUCUCAUCGUCACCGAAGAGCUUCACUCUCUUAGUUUUGAAACCCAGUUGUGCCAGCCUGGUUUGGUCAUUGACCUGGAGACGACCUCUCUACCCGUCGUGGUGAUCUCCAAUGUCAGCCAGCUCCCAAGUGGCUGGGCCUCUAUCCUGUGGUACAACAUGCUGGUGGCAGAACCCCGGAAUCUGUCCUUCUUCCUGAACCCACCUUGUGCACGAUGGUCUCAGCUUUCAGAGGUGCUGAGCUGGCAGUUUUCUUCUGUCACCAAAAGAGGUCUCAAUGUGGACCAGCUGAACAUGCUGGGGGAGAAACUUCUUGGCCCCAACGCCGGCCCCGAUGGUCUGAUUCCAUGGACAAGGUUCUGUAAGGAAAACAUAAAUGAUAAAAAUUUUCCAUUCUGGCUUUGGAUCGAAAGCAUCCUUGAACUCAUUAAAAAACACCUGCUUGCUCUCUGGAAUGACGGGUGUAUCGUGGGCUUUAUUAGCAAGGAGCGAGAGCGAGCCCUGCUGAAGGACCAACAGCCCGGGACGUUCCUGCUGCGCUUCAGCGAGAGCUGCCGGGAAGGGGCGAUCACGUUCACGUGGGUGGAACGGUCCCAGAAUGGAGGCGAACCUUACUUCCAUGCGGUUGAACCCUACACAAAGAAAGAACUUUCUGCGGUUACUUUUCCUGACAUUAUUCGCAAUUAUAAAGUCAUGGCUGCUGAAAAUAUUCCAGAGAAUCCCCUGAAAUUUCUGUAUCCAAAUAUUGAUAAAGACCAUGCCUUUGGAAAAUACUACUCCAGGCCAAAGGAAGCUCCAGAGCCUAUGGAACUUGAUGGCCCUAAAGGAACAGGAUACAUCAAGACUGAAUUGAUUUCUGUGUCUGAAGUUCACCCUUCUCGACUUCAGACCACAGACAACCUUCUUCCCAUGUCUCCUGAGGAGUUUGACGAGGUGUCUCGGAUGGUGGGCUCUGUAGAAUUCGAUAUGAUGAAUGCGGUCUAGAGCAUGAAUUUUCUCUUCUCUGGAGACAUUUUUCCUUCCCACCUGUGAUUCCCUUCUGCUACUGUGUUCCUUCACAUCCUGUGUUUCUAGGGAAACUAAAGAAAGGCCAACAGAUUUGCUGCAACCUGUUGAUAGCAAGUGGAUUUUUCCCUAAUUCAGAAACAUCUGUUACUCUGAAGGGCUUCAUGCAUCUUAUUGAAGGUAAAAUUGAAAGGCCUUCUCCACAUAGAGGGUUUUACAGAUGAAAAACAUCCUGGUACACCAAAAUCAUCAGGACUAGAAUGAGAGUACUUUAGGAAAGGUGAGACAUUUAGCAGCAUGUAGCAGAAGCUAUGCAGUCAGGGCCCGACUAUUACAGGUGGUUGGAUGGAUCAUAUGGUUAUUCUUAUUUGUUCUGCUUUACAUAUAGCCUCAAGUUUGCCAGUGGCUUGCCUGUGAAAUAGUGCAAAGCUGUACUGUAUCUGGGCAGAGGAUAAAAGUUAUGUGUGUUAUUAUAUUUUCCACACUGGCCAUUGAAAACUAGAGAGAGAUUCUCUCUCGGAAGAAUUAGCUUUUGUUACGGCUUUAUGACGCUGGCUAAUAUCAACAGAAGGAAGUAAACUUUCCAAAUUCAUGAGUAGUAUCUUCCAUUUCAGCUUUAAUACCAAAGUUGAAUAUAUUCUGCCUUCAUCAUGAAAUUGAAGUUAGUAAAUCAAACUGUUUUCACAGUUCUAUCAAGGUAGCCAAACUGUUAACAGCUCUCUUAAGGCAAAUCCUAUUAUUUUUUCAAAAAGUUGAAAUUAAUUGUAGAUGUCAACAAACUCAGAAAUUUAAUGCAUGUUUCAUAAGUGAGUUCACUUGUCUUUAUUGUUUAGUCAAAAUUUUCAAAUCGAGAAGAAAAAAUAGUAACUGACAAAUCAUUAAGAAGUGGAGAUUAUGAGAAUCCAAUAAUUUGAAAACUCAUCCUGUGUAACUGCAUUGAGAAUUGCGUAAUUUUCACUGGCAAAUGUGUUUCUCUCACAAAUACAUUACAGAUGGUUCCACUCUCUCUCUUGUGCUUUUUCUAGACCUGUUGUGGACUGCAUGACGUUUUGUGAAGUGUUGUGUUACUUACCUUGCCCCUUCCCUAGCACUGACAUACACAGAAGUGGUUUAGGGAGUGGGUUUGAUAGAGGUCUUCUAGAUAACUUUCACAAACAGCUGUCUGCAGCUGAAUCAUAUUUUUCUGCUAUCGCCACCACAAUCAUAUUUUUAUGUAAAUACUGUAUUUUUCUGGUAGGGAUAAAGUUUUCUUGAGGUCUAUUUUAAAGUUAAAGCUAAAGUAUGUGUAUUACAUUAAAUAUAAUAUGCACAUGGUACUUUCUUUUAUUAAACACAAAUUAAAACCUCC